AUGGUAGAGGCAAAAGUACAAGAAAAAUGGAAAGAAUUUGGAACAACGAUAAAAGAGACUUUGGAAAAGGUAGAGAAAGAUAAAGGGGGAGGGAGAGGAAGAAGGAAAGGAUGGUGGAACGAGGAAUGUGGAAAAAAAAGGAAGAAUAGGAGGGAGUUAAGGGCAUGGAGGAAAGAGUUGAAAGAGAGAGACAGGAACAUAAGAGGGAGAAGAGAGCAUAUAAAGAGUUAUGUGAGAGAAAAAGACAACAGGAAAAUGAAAAAUGGGAAAGAGAAGCAGAGAAAACAAGAACAAAAGGAUAGGUGGAGAAUAAUUAGCAGCGAAAGGAAAAGGUGGAAGGAAUUGAAUAAGAAUAUAGAAUUAGAAGAGUGGGAGGGAUUCUUUUGUAAACAACUAGGCGAAGUAGAAAAUAAAAUAAUAAAAGAGAGAAUAGAGAAGGAUUUGGAGAGGGAAGAAAUAAACAAGAUAAUAAGGAGGCUAAGCAAUAGGAGUAGAUGA